CCAAAAUUUACAUUAGCUAAUGGCAAAGAAGAGCAAGCUGAAGGCUGCGCUCAAGCAUACCAAGCAGGCGCAUGCCAAGCACCAGGCAGCAAAACGCACGCAGGACCAGAUCGAGCAGAAGCUGGCCAGUGCAACGCAGAGCAAGCGCGGCAACAAGAAAAAGCACAAGCGCACCGCCUACUUUCCAUACACCGACAAGGACCUCAUUCUCCUGGUCGGCGAAGGCAACUUUAGCUUCGCCCAUGCCGUGGCCAGGCGCCUGGGUAGCGGCAAGAAUAUAACUGCAACCGCCUAUGACUCGCGGGAGAUCGUUGACAGAAAAUACACAGACGACGCGAGCCACCACAUUACCGAGUUCGAGAAGCUGGGCGGCACCACGCACUAUGAGGUUGACGGAACAGCACUCGAAGACUUUGAAGCGCUCAGCGGCCGAAAGUUCACGCAUAUUGUCUUCAACUUCCCUCACGCUGGAGCUGGGAUCAAAGACCAGGCACGCAAUAUCCAGACGAACCAGCUGCUGAUGAUCGGGUUCUUCCGCAGUGCGAUUCAGUUCCUGACGGAGGGUGUUGAUACAAGACAGAGCAGGCCACAGAGGCGCCAGAGACGGAGGCCAAAGGGCGACCAGUCCGACGAUGACGACGAAGAGGAGGACGAGCAGCAGCAGGAGUCGUUCGACUUUGAGGGUGCCAAGGCCCACGUUGUCACGUAUGCUGCCUCUGACGACGAGGACGACGAGGGGCCGGUGGAGGAUGCUGGUGAGGGAGAGCCGUUUGAGCCCAACCUGAACCGGCCCGGGCAGAUCUUGGUAUCGCUAAAGUCCGGUCCGCCGUACUCGCAUUGGAAUGUCCGCCAGCUGGCCAAGGAAUGCGGCCUACGUGCGCGCAGCACACAUCCAUUCGAGAUUGCGGCCUAUCCGGGAUACGAGCACCGGCGCACUCUGGGCUUCAAGGAAGGGUUGUCCAAGGACGAGAACCAGGAGAUUCGCGACAAGGAGCCGCAUGUCUAUACCUUUGUAGCUAAGCCUAGGCAAGAGGAGGAGGGCGACGACAAUGCAGAGUCUGCGUCUGCGCCGACGGGCUAUACUUCCCAGGCCAGAGGCAAGCGGUCGCUGGGCGUCAACUCCGAGUCGUUUGAUGGCAUGUCAGCGCCCUCCAAAAAGCGCAGGCGUUGAGAGCACAAAAAGGGCAUCUGAGCUUUUCCGCAGUCGCCGUAUUUUUUUCUCUCGAGAUACAUUGGAUUCGCGUAGCUGCUGCUGCUCGACCCCCAUCUUGGCUCCGUCUUUUUUAUUUUUCACUUUUAGCGCAAAUUGAAUAGCAAUGGUAACGAGCGAAAUUCGGCGAACGCAUCGUUUCCGCACGAGGGGACCCUUAGGGCACGCACGCUCACUGCAUGCUCGCUUUGUUGUAGGGACCGCGGUUGACUAUUGACGAGAAGCGCAAGCGCAUGAUGGACAUAUUCCAC